AUGUAUGAUGAAGGGAGUGUAGUCGCUUCUGUAGCACGACCGGGAGAUAAUGUGAGAAUCAUGAUGAAAGGAGACCAAGCAGAUCAAAUCCAAAGCGGUUUUGUGUUGUGCUCACCAGACAGUUUAUGUCAUCAUAGCGAUUGGUUCCAAGCACAAUUAGUAGUGUUGGAAUUACCACGUCCUUUACUAACACCAGGAUAUGAAGCAGUCAUUCAUAUCCAUACUUGUCAAGAGGAAGUGUUGAUCAACAAAAUUACUGACCAACUCGACAGAACUACAGGAAAGGUCUCGAAGAAAAAUCCACCAUUUUUAAAAAGUGGAACUGUCGGAAAUGUCGUCAUCCGUGUCGCUAAACCGAUUUGUAUUGAGACAUAUGAGGCAUUCCCUCAACUCGGAAGAUUCACUUUGAGAGAUGCGGGAAAGACUAUUGCAUUUGGAAAGAUCAUCAGAAUCAAAGGAGAUAAAAAAAAGUAA